CUAGAGUUUCUAAACUGUUUUAUAAAGAUGGAGCACAUAGAGAUAAUAGAUGCUCAUAAUAUGUAAAAAAGUGGGUUUCUCGACCCAUAAGAAAUAAUGUUACAUCCUCUUCGCAUCUUCCUUUUCCUUUUUGUUUCUUCCCUUUGUUUACUACAGAUCAAAGCUGCUGAAAGUGGCUUGGGUGGUCAUAUCAAAGUAGACCCGAAACUCAAGUUCGAGAACCCGAAUCUACGUCAAGCCUACAUUGCUCUCCAAUCAUGGAAACUAGCAAUCUUCUCUGACCCUUUCAACUUCACAGCCAACUGGAACGGCUCAGAUGUUUGCUCCUACAGUGGAAUCUACUGUGCUCCUCUUCCUGGCUCAUACAACAAAACAAGAGUCGUUGCAGGCAUUGACCUUAACCACGCUGACAUGGCUGGUUACUUACCAGCCGAGCUUGGUCUCCUUUGUGACCUCGCUCUCUUCCACCUUAACUCAAACCGUUUCUGCGGUGAAGUCCCUCUUACCUUUAACCGCAUGAAGCUCCUCUACGAGCUUGAUCUUAGCAACAACCGAUUCGUCGGUAAGUUCCCUAAGGUUGUCCUCUCUUUGCCUUCCCUCAAGUUCUUGGAUCUUCGCUACAACGAGUUCGAAGGCAAGAUCCCGUGGAAGCUCUUCGAUAAAAAUCUCGACGCUAUAUUCUUGAACCAUAACAGGUUCCGGUUUGGGAUCCCCGACAACAUGGGGAACUCUCCGGUCUCUGCUCUGGUUCUUGCGGACAACGAUCUUGGUGGAUGCAUACCGGGAAGUAUCGGUCAAAUGGGGAAGACACUCAACGAGAUCAUCCUCUCUAACGAUAACUUAACCGGUUGUUUACCUCCUCAGAUAGGUAACCUCAAGAAAGUGACGGUUUUCGACAUCAGUUCAAACCGUCUACGUGGUCCGUUACCGGCUAGCGUCGGUAACAUGAAGAGCUUAGAAGAGCUUCACGUGGCUAACAACGGCUUCACAGGAAUCAUUCCUCCGAGUAUCUGCCAGCUUCCUAACCUUGAGAACUUCACUUACUCUUCCAACUUCUUCACCGGUCGUGCUCCUAUAUGCGCAGCUGAUUCGGUGGCCGACGCUAUGGUGAACGGCUCCAUGAACUGUUUAACCGGUAUGGCUCGUCAGAGAUCGGUUAAGGAGUGUUUGUCUCUGUUGGCUCGUCCUGUUGAUUGUAGUAAGUUUGGAUGUCAUAAUAUUUUCUCUCCACCGCCACCGGCGUUCAAGAUGUCACCUGUUUUCAGGACACUCCCUCCGCCGGUUUAUGUUUACCGUUCGCCUCCACCACCGUCGUCUAAGAUGUCUCCCACCGUCAGAGCUUACUCUCCGCCGCCACCACCAGAGUCUAAGAUGUCGCCUACCGUGAGAGCAUACUCUCCACCUCCACCACCAGAGUCCAAGAUGUCGCCUACUGUUCGAGCUUAUCCUCCACCACUACCACCAUCACCAUCUCCUCCACCGCCUUAUGUAUACUCAUCUCCUCCACCACCGCCUUACAUAUACUCAUCUCCUCCUCCACCACCCUACGUAUACUCAUCUCCUCCUCCACCACCUUACGUGUACUCAUCUCCUCCACCUCCGCCAUAUAUAUACUCAUCUCCUCCACCUCCACCGUACGUAUACUCAUCCCCACCUCCGCCUCCUCCAAGUCCACCACCACCUUAUGUAUAUUCAUCUCCACCUCCGCCUCCUCCAAGUCCACCACCGCCUUACGUGUACUCAUCUCCACCUCCGCCUCCACCAAGUCCACCACCGCCAUGUCCUGAAUCAUCUCCACCACCGCCCGUUGUAUACUAUGCACCGGUUACACAAAGCCCGCCACCACCAUCACCGGUAUACUAUGCACCGGAAACACAAAGCCCACCACCGCCAACACCAGUAUACUAUGCACCGGAAAUACAAAGCCCUCCACCGCCAACACCAGUAUACUAUCCACCGGUAACACCAAGUCCACCACCACCGUCACCGGUAUACUAUCCAUCUGAAACACAAAGUCCACCACCACCAUCACCGGUUUACUAUCCAUCGGAAACACCAAGUCCUCCACCACCAUCACCGGUUUACUAUCCAUCAGAAACACCAAGUCCUCCACCACCAUCACCAGUUUACUAUCCAUCCGAAACACAAAGUCCUCCACCACCAGCACCGGUUUACUAUCCAUGGGAAACACCAAGUCCUCCACCACCAACUGAAUAUUACUAUUCACCAAGCCAGUCUCCACCACCAGCAAAGGGAUGUACGGAAAGCCAUCCUCCACAACCACAAGCACCUCCGACUUACGAACCAACACCUGAAUAUUCAUACACAUCGUCGCCACCACCGCUUCCUUCCUACUCCGACACGUCUCUUCCACCGAUCCCAAGUGUCUCGUAUGAUUCGUCUCCUCCUCCUCCUCCGUCUUACUACUAGUUUCAAAUAAUCAAAAAAAUGCAUUGCCUUAUGAUUAUAUAACGACUACUCACAAUUUUAUUCUUUUGGCUGCGAGACUUUAAUUUGUGUGUUUGGUUUAUUUAUAUAUAAAAAACAUUCCAG